AUGGGUUUCUCACAUUUCCUCUUCUUUUUCUUUCUACUUCUUACAUUUUCAUCUCCAACACCCAUAUCUGCAAACCCUGAACUGACUGCUUUAAUGGACUUGAAAUCAAGUCUUGACCCGGAAAAUGUUUAUUUAACUUCAUGGGUUAAUUCGGGUGAUCCAUGCGAUGGGUCCUUUGAGGGGGUUGCCUGCAAUGAGAAAGGUCAGGUGGCUAAUAUUUCUCUGCAGGGAAAAGGGCUAGCCGGGAAACUUUCGUCGGCGGUUGGUGGGCUUAAACACUUGACGGGUUUGUACUUGCAUUAUAACUCUCUGUACGGGGAGAUUCCAAAAGAUGUUGAGAACUUGGCUGAACUUAGUGAUCUGUACUUGAAUAUUAAUAAUUUUUCUGGGGUGAUUCCAUCUGAGAUUGGUAACAUGCAAAGCUUACAAGUUUUGCAGCUCUGUUAUAACCAGCUCACUGGAAGCAUACCAACCCAACUGGGGUCUCUGAAGAAGCUGAAUGUAUUGGCUCUACAAUCUAAUCAGUUAUCUGGAGCAAUUCCUGCUAGCUUGGGAGAAAUGGGAGUAUUGAUGAGACUCGAUUUAAGUUUUAAUCACCUUUUUGGACCGAUUCCUACAAAACUAGCCGAUGCUCCAUUGCUUGAAGUCCUAAAUGUCAGAAACAACUCUCUUUCUGGAAAUGUUCCUCUUGCUUUGAAGAGAUUGGUCGAUGGAUUUCAGUACGAGAAUAAUCCUAGGCUAUGUGGAUCUGGUUUUCCAUCCUUGAAAAUUUGCAAUGCUUUCGACAAUGUCAAUCCUAAUAGGUCUGAGCCUUAUGAUGGUCGUUCAACUAGACUCCCGACACGAGACAUUCCUGAGACUGCCAAUCUAAACUUGAGCUGCACCAGUGGUCAUUGUUCGAAGUCGUCAAAGACCUCGACGGCAUCAGUGGCGGUCGGAGUAGUUGUUGUUUCCGUUAUCGUGUCAGCCAUAGGUAUUCUUACCUUCACACGGUAUCGACGUUGUAAACAGAAACUCGGGAGCGCGAUUGAUAAGUCUGAUAACUGUCCCAGUACUGACCAGGCCAAUGAGUUCGUUAGGAAGAAUGGUUCUCCUCUUGUCAGUCUAGAAUACUCGAACGGGUGGGAUCCGUUGGCCGAGGGUCAUCGUUUUGGCGUCUCCCAGGAGGUUAUGCAGAAGUUUAGGCUCAAUUCACAAGAGAUAGAGACAGCUACUCAGUACUUCGCAGAUAAGAAUUUGUUGGGAAAGAGCAACUAUUCAGUGACAUAUAAAGGAAUUUUACGAGAUGGAUCUGUUGUUGCUAUUAAGAGAAUCACGAAAACUAGUUGCAAGUCUGAGGAAACUGAAUUCUUAAAGGGAUUGAAUGUCCUAACCUCACUGACACAUGAAAGCUUAGUUAGACUGAGAGGGUUUUGCUGUUCCCGAGGCCGUGGCGAGUGUUUCCUUGUUUACGAUUUCGUUCCAAAUGGGAAUUUAUUUCAGUAUCUCGAUGUCAAGGAGGGAGAUAGUCAGAUUCUUGAAUGGUCUACCCGAGUUUCUAUCAUCCACAGCAUCGCCAAAGGUAUAGAGUAUUUACACGCGUUCAGCAUAAACAAGCCUUCUCUGGUUCACCAAAACAUUUCUGCUAAGAACGUGCUCAUCGACCAGCAAUUUAGACCUUUGCUAUCUGAUUCGGGCCUGCACAAGCUUCUCACAAAUGACACUAUCUUCUCAAUACUCAAGGCCAGUGCCGGAAUGGGAUAUCUUGCUCCUGAAUAUACUAAUACUGGACGGUUCACCGAAAAAAGUGAUAUUUAUGCUUUUGGGGUCCUUAUUUUCCAGAUCCUUUCUGGGAAGCGUAAAUAUACCACUUCCAUGAGAGCUGCUGCUGAGUCGUGCAGAUUCCAAGAGUUAAUAGAUGCAAAUCUUCGCGGGAGUUUCUUCGAAACUGAUGCUGCGAAGAUUGCGAAAGUUGCUGUGUUGUGUACAAAUGAUUCUCCGGAGGAGAGGCCAUCAAUGGAAACAAUUAUACAAGAACUCGGUUACUGUGUUAAUUUCUUUUUACAUCCACUAGUUUCUCCGACUCCUUAUUCGAGCAGCAUCUAG